GGGCACGACGAGGCCGUUCACGUCACAGACUUCCUCGAGGUUUGGGCGAAAUCUGGUACCUCUGUCAGUGCUAUGGACGUCGGACCUGGAACAUCGAUCAGUGGUCCUGCUGGGUUCACAGGAGGAGAGUGCUCUGAAAGGGAGAUGGGAGGUCAAGGUGGCCUGCCAGCUACGCCUCCUGAUCAAGAGAGAAAGGUAGGAGGGAGUGCUCGGACGCCAACAACACGAGAGGGCGGUUCCGUUGAGAAGAGGAAAAGGGUUGAAGGUGGGGAUGAAAUGCUAAAAGACUCGUUGACACAACGAAGAACCGGUGAGUCUUCGGGGAAAAGGGCGAAAUCAUCGAGGGGGAAGAAAGCAGACAAGGGCGAUAGCGGGGAGGGGGAUGACGACGUGGAGAUUAACCUCAACGCCUUUAACCUCGACAAUGCGUUCUUCCUCGAGAUGCAGACAGGGGUGCAGAAGGACGUCGUGUUGCACAUCCAUCCCGAAAGAAUAUUAGCUAUUCCUGACUGGGAAGAYGCGUACAACCACCGAUCMUUGGACGAGUUCCUCGUUGAUACCAUCGCGUCGGCUAUGAUCGACUGCUACGAACGUAAAGACAUGAGAUACACGAAGCCCAUUUUCGUUCUCGCUCCGAUCGUCGCGCCUCCAGAGAACGGCGAGCCUGCUGYGMGCGUGCUGCCUGYUGACUUCRACARCUCRCACCCGGAGARAUACUGGUAUUAUCCUGUGUGUGGACAGCAUAACGCGAGGGCGGCGAUGAUGGUGAAAGACCAUCCCAUGUUUGAUUACUACAACUUCUGUAAAUGGCCGUUCAGACCGAUCUACUUCCCUGACGACGAGUUCGACGGCUACGCCCAUGGGCUGAAGAAACACGUCUGGUACGUGAAGGUGGACGACCCGUCGUUGAAAAAGGGCAGGGGGAAGCCAAAGAAAGGCGCGGAGGAGAAAACUUUCUACGUCGAAGUUUCAAAGUCGGAUGUCCACUUCUGGAAGGAAUUGGUGGACUUGACGGACCGCGAGAAGAAAAGGUUGUUGAACGGCGUCUUGAACCUUAACGUCGUGUGGGUUCAAACGAGUAGCAAAAAGUUGGCCAAGCAGGGGAAGUUCAGUGUCAAGGAGAUGGUCGACAUAAUAAAAAUGGACCUGAUUAUGCUGAGGCUGAGGCACUACGUGGAGUUCGAGUACGAGGAAAUGGAUAAGCGGGAGUGGAAUGUCAACUCCACGUUCUUCAGGUCCAAGAAGCAAGUGUUCGAAGAGUUCAAGGACAGAGGUCUCGACGACAAGCUUUGGAAUGAGAGCAGGAAAUUUUUCACGGACACAACAUAUAUCAACAAGUGCCCUCAGUUUCUCGGGACAAGCGCCUUGACGACGCUGGCCCAGUUUAACGUCGACCCGUUGAGUGCCAUAGAUCAUAAGCAGGCGCUGGGAAAACUAGGGCAUCAAUUACGCUCCCACACUUGCGUGCUCGACUUGUGCGGUGCUGUGGACCGUGCACAAUGGGACUCUGGGGCGUUCGCGUCUCUGAGUGAGUUGUUGGGCUUCGUUUGUCAGGACUACCGGACAUUGGUGGUAUUCGUCCCUUGCCUGUGGAACCUCUCCUUCAUGACAUGUUUGUCUGCGCUUGGGGCUACCCGAUGCUACACAGGGAAGUGGGUUCGGAAGACGGCAUCGAAGAAGACGCAUCAGUUCGGAAACAGCGUCUGGGAGGAGCUGGAUGUGAUGCAUAUCCUUUUCAAAGGCGAGGAUCCUCGGCUACUGACUCACCCGGUGUACGAGAGAGCUGUUGCUGAAGACGAGGAUGCCGCUCUCCGGAGGAAACAGAAAGUGACACCCACGGAUGAGGAGGAGAAGUCUUUCAAGUCUUUGACUUUCGCGGACAUCGGAAACCUGACCCAGAGGGGGGCUCUGCACAAGGACGGCAAGCGGAAUCCGAAUCAGUUGUGCAAUCAGCUUCUUUUCUUCUGUGGUGUGGCGGAUGCCGUGCUGUUCUUGGGCAAGCCGCACGCGCAGGUGGUGUGGAGUCUGCUUCAGCAGGGAAGGCACGUCUUGGCCGUGGAUGGGGACACAACGCAGCUUGAAUACACCGUGCAAUGUGACCCAUGAAGUGUCAUCCAAGGCUUACCCAUGCGAUUUCCACCAUGUCGUGGUCGAGCCCGUUUAUGACCCGA